AUGACUCAGGUGGGCACACUUGCAGAGAGGAUUCGUGCCGGUGGGGCUGGUGUUCCUGCGUUUUACACCAGCAGGUAUGGGACCCUGGUACAAGAAGGAGGGGCACCGAUCAAAUACAACAAGGAUGGCAGCAUUGCCAUUGCCAGUAAGCCAAGAGAGGUGAGGGAGUUUAAUGGUCAACAUUUUAUCUUGGAGGAAGCAAUUACAGGGGAUUUUGCUUUAGUGAAAGCUUGGAAAGCAGACCGAGCAGGAAACGUGAUUUUCAGGAAAAGUGCAAGGAAUUUCAACUUGCCUAUGUGCAAAGCUGCAGAAACCACAGUGGUAGAGGUUGAAGAAAUUGUGGAUAUUGGAUCAUUUGCCCCAGAGGAGAUCCAUAUUCCUAAGAUUUAUGUUCAUCGUCUUAUAAAAGGAGAAAAAUAUGAGAAAAGAAUUGAGCGUUUGUCAGUCCGGAAAGAAGGGGACGGAAAAACCGAAUCUGGUAAACCUGGAGAUAAUGUAAGAGAACGUAUCAUCAAGCGAGCAGCUCUUGAAUUUGAGGAUGGCAUGUAUGCUAAUUUGGGCAUAGGUAUCCCUCUUCUGGCCAGCAACUAUAUCAGCCCAAAUAUGACUGUUCAUCUUCAAAGUGAAAAUGGAAUCCUGGGUUUGGGCCCAUAUCCAUUAGAAAAUGAAGUUGAUGCAGAUCUAAUCAAUGCAGGCAAAGAAACAGUUACUGUUCUUCCAGGAGCAUCUUUUUUCUCCAGCGAUGAAUCAUUUGCAAUGAUUAGAGGAGGACAUGUCAAUCUGACAAUGCUAGGAGCAAUGCAGGUGUCCCGAUAUGGUGACCUGGCUAACUGGAUGAUACCUGGGAAGAUGGUGAAAGGAAUGGGAGGUGCUAUGGAUUUAGUGUCCAGUGCCAAAACCAAAGUGGUCGUCACCAUGGAACAUUCUGCAAAGGGAGAUGCACAUAAAAUCAUGGAGAAAUGUACAUUGCCACUGACUGGAAAGCAAUGUGUCAACCGCAUUAUUACUGAGAAGGCAGUGUUUGACGUGGACAAGAAGAAGGGGCUGACUCUGAUUGAACUCUGGGAAGGCCUGACAGUGGAUGACAUACAGAAGAACACUGGGUGUGAUUUUGCAGUUUCACCAAAACUCAUGCCAAUGCAGCAGAUCACAGCUUGAAAUAUGGAGUAGACAUUUGUCCCAGGACAUGUGUUUUUAUUUUUUCAUUUUAACUACAUGGGAUUUCAUUGGAAGGAAGUCAGUAAUAAUAAUUAUAUAUUUAACAGCAGUUUUUGACUAGUUUUCUUCUUGUAUUUUAGGAUUUUUACUGCUGUUUUUCUUUGUUCUCUCAAGCAUGCUAUGGCAUUGUAAUGUAAAACAAAAGGAAAACAUAUAUAUUUUAUUUGUUUCAUAUGUGCUAAGAUGGCUUUCUUUACAAUUGGUGCUCACAUUGGAUUUAUCUUCACCUUCCGUAGCAUAUAUGUUAAAUUAAAUGCCGCUUUAACAAGACGGUCCCUUAGGAAGAGUUUCAUUGACAGGUUUUCCCCCCUAACCAAAUCAUAAACUGUAAAAAGAAAAAAAAAAAAAAGUGAUGAGAGAGAAAAAUACCUCACCCAGAGUAUAAGUAUGCCUGAGGCAGCAUUUCACUAGUACUGUGAGAAAACUACAAAUAUAUACAUGAAUUUGUGAUGGAAAAAAGAUGCUGUCUUAAAGAUUUUUUUCCUUCAGCUUCCUCUGACUCUCUUUUGUGGCCUCUGCUUUAAAAUGUUUUUAUUGUGGCUAUAUUUAUAUAUAUAUAUAUAUCAUAAAAUUUUCCAUCUUAACCAUUUUUAAAUGUACAAUCCUGUGGUAUUAAUUCCAUCAACAAUGUUGUGCUUCCAACACCAGGGCCUCUGAUUUUGUGAUUAAAUCUGGUUUUCCUAGAAUAUCCCUUCCUCCCACUCUUCCAAGAACUCCUGAGAAGGAAGUAGGAAUGUCUAUGAGUGGGACGAGUAACUGGUUAGUGGCAAGACUAAAGGGUAUAUGGUCUAUUGGUGCUGACAUUCUACCAAGAAGUUGCCUCUAUAAACAAACCAACCGUCUGUGCUUUGCUAAAGACUAAGGCUUCUUAUAGGAAGAAGGCUAGAAAUCUAACUGAUCUUCUCAGGCGGUUUUCUCAUUUUAAAACAUUGCAGUAUUUUUGUGAGUCCAGAAGUGUCCUUUAGAUCCUUCCUCUGUGUUAUUGAGGUCUGUAGGCUAUUUGUAUAAUACCUCCUCUUAAGCCAAAAGAGGCUGUGGGGUAAUUUAUCACAAAUUUGUGGUGUAUAUAUUCACAAAGACCGAAGAGAUUAUAAGAAAGAUUCUUUUCAGGCUCUCUUAUUUCUACCCUGAAAAUAUUCUAAAUAUUGAAUAAUUUUUUCUACAGAACAAUGUUUUUCUUCUGUCAAGGCUACUUCCUUUAACAGAGGACCUUUGAUUCAGCCUUAUCCAUAUAGAUGAAAUAAUGAUGAACAAAUCCAGGAUUUGAAGUCAAUGAAACAUGGUGGAUUAGAUUUUAUAAGGAACUUUCCCCAGAGGUAUCUUAUUGCCCAAGGGUGAUGGCCUUAAUAGAGUGUAAUACAUUGUUCCUCUGGCACUAGGUAUAGGAAUUUAUGCAUGUUUUUAGGUAAUGGUUGUCACUGAAACUCACUUUGUCUUCAGGGAUAGUUACAGUUAGGUCAUGUACAGGUAUUAGAGGCAGGGGAGAGAAGCUUCUUUGUGACUAGCCCACUCCAUAUAUCAAUUAGCCUUUCUGGCUGACUGCAUGGUUGAGAGCAUGCUCUCCAGUACUGAUAAAAAGGACCCUUCUUACAAGGUGCCAGGUCCAUGAGAGUAAUAUGUCUCAAUGUUAGAGUUAUCAUUUAAAAAACUUCAUGUUAUUAAUUGUGGUUAUAUUUGCAUACUCACUUGCUCAUCAUUCCAGUCUGUUACUUUGGGAUAAUACAAUUUUAAGAAUAUUUCAAACCUUGAGUGGCAAAACUUAAGUAGAUGACCUUACAUUCUUGAUUAAAGAGCACUAUGAAUGUUAAGAAAUGCAUUAAGAGAUACAAUAAAUAUUCCAAAUUGA